AUGUUGCGGUACUUGGCGCUUGUUUGCGUGUUGACAUGGUCCGCACAAGCUACGAAAGUAGUUCCGAAGAUAGUAGGAGGAACGGAGGCUGCUGAAGGAGAGUUCCCAUACCUGGCUUCAUUGAGAGUAUACGAUUACCGAAAUGUGCUGACCCAUUUCUGUGGAAGCUCGAUUAUCUCCCAUUGGUUGGUGAUGACUGCAGCCCAUUGCAUGCUAGACUACCCCAAAGACAGAAUAGAAGUAGUAGUCGGCACAAACGAUUUUUGGAGUGGCGGUGCGAAAUACAAAAUUGAUAAAUACAUCAAUCAUGAAAACUACAACGACACUUCAUUUGCGAACGACAUAAGUCUUAUUCUAGUGAACAGACAGAUACAGUUGGGGGAGAAAGUUGGUUUAGUUAAAUUGCCGACAGAGGACACUCCAGGCGGACUCGAUUUGAUAAUAGCUGGAUUUGGAUAUAUUGACAAUUAUCGCACACGACCCAAAAGAAUGCAAAAGUUGACUGUGAAAUCACUAACAGUGAAAGAAUGUCAAGAGAGUGAACUUAAAAAGGAGAAAACAUGGAACCCAAUCACUGAUAAACUGCUCUGUACAUACAAAGAUGUUAGCCAAGGCAUAUGUCAAGGUGAUUCUGGAGGUGCUCUUGUCCAUAAUGGAACUGUACAUGGAAUAACAUCCUGGAACAUUCCAUGUGGUAGAGGGGUGCCAGAUGUAUUCACCAGGGUUUACAAGUACCUGGAUUGGAUUUCUACGACUAUUGGAAAACUUCCAAUACCUACCUAA